AUGGAGCAAUAUCAGAGGUCUAGAGCCAGCCAACCCGACCCGGGUCACACCCGUGCACUUCGUCGGGCAGCAGCGAGAAUCGAUCUACAGCUCGGCCGACGGGAAGGCCCGUCGAAGAUGCGGUUCUCCCUUCCGAGUCAAGCCACAUCUGGUAUAUCGAAUGUUUUUCAUGCGAUGCUCAAGGGAAGCACCGUCGGCUUGAAGCUACACGCAGGUGCUAGAGUAGUCUCGAAUGCUAGUGUCACCCACCGAGUCAGCCACAAAAGCAACUUCGGUGCUGCAGCCCGGUGCCAAGCCUGGUACACGGCAGCGAUCAGCCCGUCAUGCCCGGUUCAUCCCCGUCGGGACAUUAUUUGCACGGCUAAGAUGGCACACCUUGCGGGGAUCUACCUUUAUGCUUCACCUUCCACGUUUACCAUACCGAUUGGGCUAACCACGUCACACAAGGGCGCCUCGGAUGAAGACAUCGAACGAUGGCUUGUGCUGUGUCACCUCGAGUCAAUCUGGGCUCCGGCAGUCCCUUCACAUAAAUCCGCGGGGCAGCUGCGAGGCCUUCCAUACUCAGAAGGAACACCCCAGGUAUCAUUCAUCGUCGCCUUUGCCUCGGUCUUCGGGGCAGCGGAAGCUAUUCGUCAAACGCAAGCGAGGGCCCGCAGGCAGGAACAUCGCAGCAGAAAGAACAAUCUUGUUGUACAUUGUAUCAAGUCUUCGCGGUACAGCUCCUCACUCGAAGGGAAACAUGUGAUUCUCUCAGGCAACAAGCUCUAUAUCGACACGGGGACAGAGUAUGACAUUCCUUUCGGCCAUCGCUUUGCUGGAUAUUUUCUCCCUUUUCCAGAUACUCAGCAUGAUGGUCUUGUCUCCACGAUAAUGGACGACCCUCCUGUCAUGAAUUGGAUCUAUAUCGAUCGCCAGACUUACGAGGUCAAGUUUGGGGCACGAGACUGGGCCGAGCCAAACUUCAAAGCGCCAUUCGACUGCACAAGACAAGAUCGGAGACUUACACUGGGUGGUUGGGAGGGCUUUCUCGCCGUCCAGGAAGGGAACUUUUGGGCCCUAUACUUUGACGUUGAGAAUGAUCGAUUGCAGUCAAAACUUUCUGAGGGCACUCCUGUACUAGAGAUUGAGCUGCAGAGGAUUGAGAUGAGGAUACCAAAGCCUCCGGUGCCCAAGCAGAAAGAAAAUGGAGACUGUGAGAAGCAAGAUGAGCAGCAGGAUAGCCCUGUCAAUUCGGACAACUUGGACUCGCCAGAGGUUGACUGA